UAUCAGACCUAGCAACUGCCACUACCAGUAAAGACGCAAUUAGUUACAUGCAGUGGUGGUGUACAGGGAAUCUCUGGAUCAAAAAAACAGCAUAUUCUCUAGAUCUGUGGUACUGUGGAGGACCAUGCACUGUGCUUUCAUUGGCUGCUGUUUACUCACUCUGGUGAACUCAGCGAGCCUGCACAUUUCCCAGAAGCCCCGAUUUCUUGGUGUGAAAAGCCAGCGUUCAGUGGCAAUCCACUGUGCAAUGCAGGACCGGAGUACUCCAUUCAAGGCGGAGUGGUACAAGGCUUUGGAAUACCACCGUAAACCCACAGACCUUGUGGACCUGACCGACCGUUUCAGGUUCAGCAGGAAGCAUAACAUAGAGAACGGUGUAAUGAGUGUCAUUAAUCUGCAGCCAGAUGAUAGCGGAGUGUAUUUCUGCAAACUGAAUGAUACCUGGUGGGGGCCAGGUUCUGGGCUACAAGUAUUCAGGAAAGUCAAUGCAGAGCAGGCGGAGAGGAGAAGCAGGGUUAAGGACGCCAUGAUCUUCAUCCAGGCUCUGCUGCUAGCGGCUGUUCUUAUCGCCUCUCUGGUCCUCCAUCUGAAGCAGACAAGCAAAGAAGACGCAAUUUAUGAAGAACCUGAAGACAACCAUAUUUAUGAGGGUUUGGGCAUUGAGCAUUGCGGUUUGUAUGAAGAUAUUCCAGCUGUUUGCCAGAACUCAGAUGCCACUUGGGAUAAGACUGAGUCCCCAUGUGAAGAGUGAGGGGUUUUUCCUCUUAGAAUGGGUGACAGGAUCUCUAACGUGACACAACGCGACACUGUGAGAGGAGCUGUCAUCUAACUGUAAACGUCGCUGACAGCUGCUCCCUUUCCCUUGCAGUAAGGUGGGCAUAAUUCUCCCCGGCCGAGCACCAGUCCAGCUAGCAACCGCCAUUUGUCCUGGUCUAUCCUGUGGUUAGCCACGAGAGUGUCCCACACCGCCUGCCAGCGCAAAAAUAUCACUUUUAAAUGGAGUAGACCCUCACGGGAGGGGAUUGGCUUUUAAACAGCCACUUUAAACAGCAGCAAAAAUUCAUAACGAGUCAAGAGGGCCAGAGCAGUUCUUGUGCCUUCUUUAGCCCAAUAUGUUCGGUUUUAUUACAUGUCAUGCUGGCAUCGUAUGGACAGGCUGCUCAGAGCUGGGGUGAAUUAUAACCACCUUAUUUAGACAGUGACAUGAGCAUAUACAGUCUGUACACACGCAAUAGCUCAGUCUGAUCCCAGGUGCUUAGAUAUGUUUACGUGCAUGUUUAGAUAUGCAGGCAACAUUGUGGACUGUAUUUGAGCAUCCACAUUAACUCUCAACAGGAACAUGACAGAGCAUCUGGCCCAGGAGUUAAAAGAACAUGUUCAACCCCCCUCAAGCGUACAUUGGCAUUCCCACCUAGGAAUCAAAAAUAUAGCCUCAGCAUUGCAUGUUCUAGUCUCUAAUCAUGUGGCACUGCUGUCCAACAUGCACGCUUUCUGUGUACCGAUUAUGGAACUGCCACAGCCUUUUUGUUUUUAGAGAUGUGUAAAAUAGUAUUGUUUGCUGUUUGCUUCUAAAAACUCUGUUUUAUGUCAAAUGUAUCUUGUAAAUGAUUCUGACAGUAAGGACAAAGCACGUUGUGCAUUGCCACGGCAACUGAAAUUAAAAAACUUUUAAUGCUGUUUUUUUAAUCCGAAA